AUGAGGGAAUUCCAGGUGUUGCUGUCAAGCAUUCUCGAGGCCUGUGGAGGCGGCAGUGUUCUGGUCGACUCAACAUUGCGAGAUGACGGGUGGCAGCUGCAAUGGGGAGCUGUCGACUUUAGGAACCAAGGCAAGAGCAAGAGUGCAUUGAAGACUCUCUGUGCGGUGCCUGGUAUCCUUCCUCGGCCCAGCAAAAAAGCAUGGGAAAACUCGACCAGGUGGUGGUACGAGUCCAAGGAGCUCACUGUCACACAGGGAAAGGUACAACAGUUUCUGAAAUUCAUGUCUGAUCUCUGCAUUUUGGCUUUUAAAAUUCAAACAAUUCAAAAAAAUAAGAAAAAUAAGAAAAAUAAGAAAAAUAAGAAAAAUCAUUGCAACAUUGACAAUGCCUAUGACAACAGUCCCUACACUAUACCUGUAUACUCUGAUCAUCUCUGCAUGUCGCCAACACACACCAACUCAGUUUCUGAGCCCGAGAGUGAGGAGGCCGGCGGUGCCAGUGCUCGUGAGCUGUCAAGCAAUGAUGAUGUCCCACUUGUGCAGAAGGUCGAAUUUCAAAGCGCGGUGGAUGAGGGCAUCAUGGAGUCAGAUGAGGACCCUGAGACCGAACAACUUCUUGCGGAGGCUGCUAGAGCAGCGACCACAAGGAAGUUGCAAAAGUCGUGA